AUGAUCUCCAAGCCAAAGCGCAUGUCGGUGGACGACUCCGCGAGCGAAGGUGCUGCUACAGUCAGCGCGGUACACGGACUGAACGCCACACUGGGACUGGUCAUACAUGGCGCCGCAGAUGGCAUUGCCUUGGGUGCGAGCAGUCUGGCGUCUAGUAACAGCAGUCUCGGGCUUGUCGUGUUUCUCGCUGUCCUCAUCCACAAAGGACCAACUGCUCUGGGACUCACGACUACUCUCUUGUCUCUCUCCCUGCCCUUGUCGUCGAUCAGGCGACGGCUCAUGAUCUUUUCGUGCGCUGCUCCUGCUGGCGCCAUCGCUACAUUCUUGCUUGUCAGCGCGUUCGGUUCUGGCAGCCUGGGCGGUAGUAGCAAUGGAGGCGAUCGUCUGGGCUGGUGGACUGGUAUCGCCCUGCUCUUUUCUGGCGGAUCUUUUCUCUAUGUCGCCACCGUCAUACAACCCAUAUCCUCGGCUACCGACCCCCAUGCCCACAGCCACAGCCAUCACCAUCCCGAAAGCGGGCAUGGCCCAGAACCGUCAGGCGAGGACCGUAAGCUGGGCAAGUACCAACGGACAGCACUGUUGAUGGGCGGGAUGAUCCUGCCAGUGGUUUUGAGUUUGUUUGUAGAGCACUCGCAUUGA